GUUUUGUGUGUGGGUCACCGUCGCUUCAUUCCGCACGGCCGUGCACAACCAUCACCCCUCCUCCCCUGCCUGCGCCCGUUUCUUCUUCCGCCUCCCCUUUUCCUCCCCACCCUUCCUUCUUCUUCUUCUCCUACACACACACAUCCGCCCCUCUCCUUUUAUUUUCCAAGCAGCGCGUGCACAGUCGAUACGCCGCCGUCGCUAGAGUCAGACGCGUCGUUCCAGUCCCGCCCGCCACCAUACAGUGUCGACGGCAACAACAUCCGCUCGGCGACAAUCCAACAACAACAACAACAAUCGUUCGCCGUGACCUCCCCUUCCAUCGAAUGGAAACACCAACAACAACGUCUCAUUCCGUUUAAGCGUCCCCAUCUGCUCUCACUCGGCCAUCUCGUCUUGUGUUUCAUUCCGACGGCGGCGCCCAAAAACCAAGAAAACAAAAGGAGACGCUCCCAUCGACAACACGAAAACUCCAGCGCCACCCACACAAAAGCGCCAAAGGGGGGACUACCCUUCUACUUUUGAUUAUUGACAAAAGGUCACAGCGUCCAGGCAACGAGUCCGGCAAUAAAGGGGGGAAAAUAAAAACAGAACGUCCGAGACAAUCAAACAUGUCGGUAGACGUUUCGGAUGAGUCGUCCAUCACGGCCGAGUGGCUCGAGAGCAUUUUACAUCUCUACUACAGCACCAACGGGCGCGAUCUGCUCGACGGGCCCAAGGACGAUGAUGACGUCGACGACGGCCAGGAGCCAGUCAUCCGCAAGGACGAGCCGGCCCAGACCGUCAGCGUCAAGCAGUUCCAGGUGCGGCCAGGAUGCGAGGAAGGAGAGAACUUGCUGAGUGAUUUGCUGGCCAUUGACGUCACUCUCUGCCGGGAUGAAUCCAUGCCGGAAGAGGAGCUCCAUCUGAUGGCCAAGCUCCUGUCGCAGGAUCCCUUCUGUCGCCACUUUAUCCUUGAGGCUGGAUUCGACGUCAGGGAGAUCCAUUUCUACACGACGCUCAUGCCGGCCCUGACUCAAUUCUGUGGCGGCCACGGAGGUGGCGGAGGCCAGCCCUGGCCCGUCCCGUCCUGCUUCUACGCAAAGUACCGACAGGGCAGCGACUCGGUUCUGGUGCUGGACAACAUGAAAGCGUCCGGCUACCAAGUGACGGAAUUCCAUCUGGGACUGUCGCUGGAAGAGGCCACGUCGGCGGUUCAAUCCAUCGCCCGCAUCCAUGCAUCCGUCCUGGCCUACCGGCUCCGAUUGGGCGUCGAUCUGGGCCAGGCUUUCCCGUUCCUCUUCCGGCCGGAAGCCGCCGCCGAAUCCUACCAGCAGCUACUGGAGCGAGGCCUGCCGCAGCUGGCCACUUUCCUGCAUACGGCCGACCGUCCCGAGCUUCACGCAGUGCUGGCCAAGCUGCACAAGAUGAGGCCCAGGGCUCGGGAGACGAUCGCCAAUCUGCUGAGACCGGCCAGUCCCAUCGCCACGCUGACCCACACCGAUUUCUGGUGCAACAACCUCCUCUUCCGCCACAAGACGGCAGAAGGCGCCACGGCCGACGUCGGCGACGGAGCGGCCGGCGUCGAGUGUUCCAUUCUCGACUGGCAGAUGGCCACCUACAGCCGGCCGACAAACGAUCUGGCCCUGCUGCUCGUCACUUCCGUGGCCGGAGAUGUGCGCCGGACGCGGACCGGCCACAUCCUCGACGCCUACUGGAAUCAAUUCUGCCAGACGGCCGCCUCGCUAGGACUCGACGUCGAGGGACAACUCAAUUACGGGCGACGAGAGCUGGAAACCGAGUACGAACAGUCGCUCCUGCUGGCCGUCCUGCUGGGCAUCGGCUCCGUCGACUUGGCCAUCGGCCACCAGGCGACCGAGGAGCGACUCUGCGAGGUCCUCGUCGACCUCAGCAACGAGAAAGUCUUUUAAAAUGACUGGACAAAAUCUAAAAAAAUUUAAAAGAAAAAUCCAAUUCUGUCGAUCCUUCACAUUCCCACCUUUCCGCUUCCAAUUGUUUCCCCUUUCCUGCGUUCGUUUCUUGUGGCUUUCCCUCCUAUCUCUCUUGUGAUGAAAAUUUAUGGAGUUAAAAUAAAAUAAAAAAGUCAAAUAAACUUUCGUUUUGAUCCGAUAA